GCAUGACCUCCGUCGACGUAUUCAAACAUCUGGAGAUCAUUGGUUAUACAACAUGGACAAGAUGCUAAGACCUUCAACCUCCUCGGACGUGGACGCCAGACGAGCGCCGAGGAAGCGAUCAGCAGCAGCAUGUCGAGCCUGCCACGAUCGAAAAGUGAGGUGCAAUGCGGUCUCGUCCGGACGUCCUUGCGUGAACUGCUCUCUGGAUGGAAUAUCAUGUGAGCCAAGAGCGAGAAAGAGACGAAACAUAGCACCUCUAGACUCGCAGGCAGGGCAGGAAGCGCGUCUAUACCCACGUUCAGGAUGUUUACAGCUGGUGGAGUCUGCAGCACCCUCCUCAGAGGAAUUGUUGCAUGGGAAGAUGGAUAAUUCUACCGGAAGUCUCGACGCUUCUGCAGCCUUCGACCACCCAUUUGCCUCGGCAACUUCGGCAGGGGAGGGCUGCUCCCAGACUCCCUCUCCCGUGAGGGAACCCUCAACUGGGCCGUGUGUUGAUGACCGCUCCGUUCCCUAUCGCCCGCUGAACCACCAUUUUAGCCAUCACGGCGAUGGCCAGACGGUACCUGGUAGCAGAGCUGAGGCACAAGCUCCAUUUUAUGGGGACCCGCGAGGUGUUGCUUUUGUGGCUGACAUCUGCGAGCCAAAACUGAGAAACAAUAGCGGACACUUCCUCGUGCCAAAAGCAAUAGCCGCCUGUUUGGGUCCCGAGGAUCUCGAUUACUUGCGUCUGAAGGGUGCAUUUUCAUUGCCUGAGCCUCCGGUCUGUGACCUUAUAAUUCGAGCCUACUUUCAUCACGUACAUCCUUUUUUCCCGAUUGUCGACGCCAAGUCCUUUUUGGAUAUGUACGAAAGCGCCGAGAGGGUAAAUUUGAGUGUUCACCUUUUAUGGUCCAUGUUUUUGGCCGCGUCAAACUUCUUAGACCAAGAUGUCCUGCAACAAGCCGGAUUUUCGUCUCGGAAAGAGAUGAGGCGCUCAACGUACUAUAGAGCGAAGGUACUUUACGACUUAGAGUAUGAAAGAAAUAGAAUUACUCUGAUUCAGGCAGUUCUACUCAUGGGAUUCUGGUACGCCGACACAGAAGACAGGACAGGACCGUGGCAUUGGAUUGGCGUUGCAAUCAGUCUCUGUCAAACAAUUGGGCUGCAUCGCAAGCCUGACUCGAUUACAAGAUCUGUAUCAGCCAGUGUUGAACGACUAUGGCGUCAAAUCUGGUGGGCCUGCGUCUUCCGCGAUGCGUGGUUUUCGGUAGGCAUGGGUAGACCGAUGCACAUAAACCUAGAUGAUUGUAAUACUCCUAUGCCAGACGCAAACGAUUCAGAUGAGCUGCUUCGUGGGAUACCCAGUAAUGUCCGGGAGAAGUAUAUUCCUGAUGGUGCCGAAGACUUGUCCUGGAUGUGGGUUGAAUUGCUGAGACUUACAGUUGUCCUGGCUGGUGUCCUCUCGGUACAUUAUCGAGUUGAGCGAGCAAAGCUAAAAAUGAGCGAGGUAGAGGAAAUCGAACGGAAGAUCACAGCGUGCUUUCAGUCCAGAGAUGGGCUCAAAAACUCUUACAUCCGUACGGUUUCCCUACACGUCUAUCAUCUUGAACUAUAUUUGGAAUCCGUCAAGUUGGUUCUGUACCGACCAUAUCUCCUUGAACCAUCGCAAGAGGAUCCUUCCGCUGCGUCCAAGGAGUGGCGCUCGGUCAUAGAACGGAAGGCUCAGACCGCUGUUGCUAGCAUCACCAGAUCUUUGGAGAGUCUUAUCACCGCAGACAUGAUAGGUAUCUGCCAAGCAAUUAUUUGCAUCGCCAUGGUUCCAGCCAUGCAGCUACACCUAUUUAACUCCACCUCCGCGAAACCCUUGGUUCAGAGAAUGGGCCAUCAUAACCUUGAGUUCUGUUUGAUCGUAGCUGAGGAGCUGCGAAGGACGUAUUUUGGUGCAGAGAUCCUAUAUCGAAUGUUUUCCCACGCUCGAAAGCAGAUCCUGGACCGACGAACUGGAGGAGACAUUCGCACGGGGAAACGAGAUCCCCGGACUUCAAAUGCUGAAGAGCUGACUGCAGACCGACAAGACGAUGAAGGUCUACGGCAUUCCGAGGAGGAAGAUACCUUUUCGUUACCAUGGUUCCCCUUGACUAGUCUGGAUGAUUAUGUCGGUAACAGCGAAUUCGCGACAACCGGACUCGAAUUUGAUAUUUGCUCUCUUGCGUCUCUUUACAAGGCCACGACGACGAAUUUGUAUGGCGGCUGAAGUAACCUACUCUAGUAUCCUUGCUGGAAACAAGCCCUACCGCCCUUUGACGCUAAUUAUAAGCUGC